CAGCUGAGACUGUAUCUACCGAAGAUUCCAACCCACCAGCAUCAGAGAUACCACAAACGUCUGAGGCUCCACCGGAAGCCGCGAAUGAUGAUUCAAAAAAGGAUAAAAAGAAAAAAAAAAAUAAAUCAACAAAAGAGGAAGAAAAAAAGGCUCCAGCAAAAAAGAAACCACCAAUUGCGGCUAUUCGUGCACAACUAGAGGCUCAGCGUAUCGCUGAAGAAGAAAGAAAACGGCAAGAAGAGGAAGAACAAAAGCGAGUUGAAGAACGGCUUAAAAAGGAGGGUAAAUAUUUAAACCCUGCUCAAAAGGCAAAGAUGCAGCAAGCCCAAAAGCGGUUGCAACAGAUGAUAGAAUCUGGGUAUAAGAUAGAGGGUCUUGAUAAGGAUGGUGAACAAAAAACAAAAAAAGUUGUUUACUCUAAUAAGAAGAAGCCCCCAACAAAACAUACUUCUGAUAAAACUGAAGUGGAUGAUACCUCAAAGUCAAAAGUGGGCGAUAAUUCAGUAUCUUUAGAAAAUACAGAAGAUGAAAAAAAAAUUGACGCUAAUAAAGACACAAAAGAAGAAGACGAGGAAAUAGAAAACAAUAGAUCCAUCGAAAUAAAAGACAAUAUCAAAGAUCAAUGGGAUGCGUCAUCAUCAGAUGAAGAAGAUGAUGUGUUAUCAGAUGAUGAAAAGAUCUCAACAAAUGAUGUUGAAACUCCACCGACGGCUCCUAUAAAAGCUGAUACAGCCAAAAAGCAGGAGCUUCCUACAAAAGCUGAUACAGCCAAAAAGCAGGAAUCUCCUACAAUAACAGAUACGGCCAAAAAGCAGGAACCUCCUACAAAAGCUGGUGCGGCCAAAAAGCAGGAGCCAGUAAAAGAUGAAUCUGAGAGUGGGGAAGAUGAGACUGAAUCGGAGGAUAUUGAUGAGGAUAGCGAUGAAGAAUCUGACAAUGAAAAAGUUACAGAGCGCCAAAAACAAAGGAACCAAAGAAAGGCCGAGGCUGCGGAACGUACUCCCAUUUUAAUGUAUGAUGGACACAUAAAAGCUGUUGAAACAAUUAAGGAAGGUGAUCAAGUGAUGGGUGAUGAUAGUACACCUCGCAAUGUCAAACUUUAUCCGUUUCGAAGUACGGACUAUACUAUCAAUAAUGCUAAGCAAAUUGCCAUUCGUGAUUUGGAAUUACUUAAUAAAGUUGAAAAUCUCAGUUCGAGUGGCUCAAAUUCCCGCAUUUCUAUCGUGAGACCAGGCUUCAUAUGGCAACCAUCUGUUACGCAAUUUUUAAAUUGUGAUCCUGAAGUGCAGUCUCAAGCGAAAAUGUUUAUUCCAGAAAAAGUUCGAUUCCCAAGUCAGGAGGGUACUUUUGCCAAAAUCGUCGAGAGUAUCAUCGAUAUACAUUCUUCUCCUGCUAUUAUUAAAUUAUGUGCUUGGCUGGUUGGCUUUUGGAUCGGUACGAAUGCAAUUAAUAAACACAAAAAGGGUCAUCUUUCAGGCCAUAGUGGAGAAAUUAUGACAGUUUAUAGAAUAUUAUAUUCUGAAUAUAAAGUUGCCAACCGCAAUUUAUUGUUCCGUCUUUUGCAAGAACUUGACAUUUUGAUAGACAAAGAUAUUCCCGAAGUCAUGAUGCUCGAUGACAUUAUACAAGUUCGUCUUCCUUUACUUUCUGGCAUUAUUUGUAGCUUUGGUGAGUCACAAGACAAAAUUGCUAGGGUG